AUGACAUCUAAAGAACAAAUAGAAAAGAAAGGUAGUAGUAGUAGUAGUAGUAGUAGUGAUAAGAGUACUGUAUCACUUGAUAAACAUAAAAGGUUUAUCAGUAAUUAUCUUUACUUUCAUGGGACACCAGAACAGAAACAAAAGUAUGACUAUAGAGGAUACCGAUCCGAUCAUCAAGUACUACGAGACAAUCAUCAAUUUAUACGUGACGAUGAAGAGGAUGCCAACGAUCAAGAGAAUUGGGAGAAACAGUUGGCUAAAAAGUACUAUGAUCGACUGUUUAAAGAGUAUGCCAUCAUUGAUCUCUCACAAUACAAAACAGGUCAAAUAGGUCUACGAUGGAGAGUAGAAGCAGAGGUUAUUAGUGGUAAAGGACAGUUUAUGUGUGCAAAUGUAAAGUGUACUUGUAAUGAUGAUUCAUUAAAUAGUUAUGAGGUACCAUUUACAUACAUUGAAUCAAAAGUUGAAAAGAGUGCAUUGGUUAAAGUAAUGUUAUGUUAUCCAUGUUCAAAACUAUUACAUUAUACAAAUAUAAAGAAAAAGAAAAAGGAAUUAAAAAGAUUAUUAAAAAAGAGACAAUUGGAAGAUAAUGACCAAGAAGAGGAAUUGGAACUUGGAAAUGAUGGAAAUAAUAAUAAUGAUGAUGAUGAUACCAUUCCUCAAUCAAUUAAAAAACAAAAGAACAACAAUGGAAAUGAUGAGGAAGAAGAAGAAGAAUAUAUAGAGAAAGAUAUCACUACAUCUACAACGACAACAAACGACCGAUCGAAAUAA